CCGGCACUUGUUAUGGAGCUUGCUGCUUAUUAAGUGAAACUGUGACAAGACCAUGAAUUUUUCCGAAGUGUUUAAGCUUUCAAAUCAGCUCUGCAAGUUCUCCCCCAACGGGAAGUAUCUGGCAUCCUGUGUGCAAUACAGGCUUGUAAUAAGGGAUGUGAGCACCCUGCAGAUCCUUCAGCUAUACACGUGUUUAGAUCAGAUCCAGUACAUAGAAUGGUCGUCAGACUCCAUGUUCAUCCUCUGUGCUAUGUAUAAAAGAGGACUUGUGCAGGUCUGGUCUCUGGAACAGCCGGACUGGCACUGCAAGAUUGACGAAGGGUCAGCCGGGCUGGUGUCUUCCUGCUGGAGCCCAGAUGGUCGUCACAUUCUCAACACAACAGAGUUUCAUCUCCGGAUAACGUUGUGGUCACUAAGUGCAAAAUCCGUGUCCUACAUCAAGUACCCUAAAGCCUGCCAACAAGGAAUCGCUUUCACCCAUGAUGGGCGGCACAUGGCUUUGGCAGAGAGACGGGACUGCAAAGAUUACAUUAGCAUAUUUGUGUGUAAUGACUGGCGCCUGCUAAGGCAUUUUGAGACUGAAACCCAAGAUCUUACUGGUAUAGCCUGGGCGCCAAAUGGCUGUGUGCUGGCUGUAUGGGACACGUGCCUAGAGUACAAAGUGUUACUUUACUCCCUGGAUGGGCGUUUGCUGUCAUCCUAUUGUGCGUAUGAGUGGUCGCUUGGGAUCAAAUCUGUGGCAUGGAGUCCCAUGAGUCAGUUUCUUGCAAUUGGAAGCUUUGAUGAGAAGAUCCGUAUCCUUAACCAUGUGACAUGGAAGCCUAUAAAGGAAUUUGAACAUCCAGCCACCAUCACCAAUCUUAAAACAGUUGUUUACAAAGAAGUGGAGAGAAGUGCAGGAAUUAGAGCUGACGACUUUCCAUUUACUACGCCAAGAGGCAACCCGACCAGCCUGUUUAGCAAUCACAGUAAAUACGAGAUUGCCCAGGUGCCAGUAUCAUUACGAACCAUCAAGCCUGAUUCCGAUCGGGCUAAUCCAGACCUUGGCAUUGGAUUAUUGGCAUUCAGUGCUAAUAACCGUUAUUUGGCAUCCAAGAAUGAUAACAUGCCUUACUGCGUCUGGAUAUGGGACAUUCAGAAGAUGAGACCGUUUGUUGUUUUGGAACAGACUUCAGUCGUCCGAGCUUUUCACUGGGAUCCGGUGCAGCCCAGGCUAGCCAUUUGUACUGGGAAUAACAGAGUGUAUUUAUGGAGCCCUACGGGCAGCGUAUCAGUGCAAGUGCCGGCAGAAGGAGUGUUCAAUGUCCUGUCUGUAUCGUGGCACCCACUUGAACAAGACUCCUUACUGGUCAUGAGCAAGGAUCAGUUAUGCCUUUGCUAUUUGGAAACAGAGGAAGAAGAGAAGUGAUUGGAGCACUUUAAUAAACCCUUGACACUGACUUUACAGAACAACUACAUGCACCUUUACAGGGAGCCAGAAGUAGCUUCAGUGCUGUGUUACAUUUCCCAAGUAGUCUCUUUUCUUUUGUGCUGGGUAACUGUAAUGAACAUAAUGGGGGGUGGAGUUGCUGAAGGAGUUAAACAUUCCAUGUUUAAAGGAUGUAAUUUAUUAUGUAAAUAAUGUAGAUGUAAAGAGAUCUAAUUUAAGAUUUUUUCCAAUAAAGACACUAUUUAAUUCUGGUA